AUGGAAAAAAACAAAACUUUGCCGGGGUCCUCAAGACCAGCAUCCAACUCAAAACCAGUCCCAUCGUCAAGCUCAGUCAAGAGGCCGGAGUGUCGUUCACAGUCGUCAAAUGUUCCGUCGUCGAAACCUAUAACAUCGUCAUCAAAAUUACCACAAAAGGUUCAGAAUGAAAAGCAAGAUGAGAAGAAGAAGGACAGUAAAGAGUGUGUCUUAAAUCCAAUACUUCCUCAUACUCCUAAAGGUCGAUUCAAAAAAGGGCCUACCCCACCUCCAGUGAUCCCACCUGCCGUUCCAGGUCGAAGGUAUCUUCCCGGAGACAUUCGUUACAAGCAGGCAAUGGAAAUGGCUAAACAAGCGGGUGGAGCCUCUUCAAGUUCGUCUGUUGUUUCCGCUCGUGAAGAUCGACCAUCUUCCUCGAAGAUGCCGUCGAGUUCACGUCCUUCUGUCAAAGAGUUGGAUAGACGGAAACCGAUAAGUACGGAAAGAGAUCGUGAUCGUUUAAAAGCUGCUCGUCCAAUGGAGAGGGAUAGGGAGCGAGAUAGGGAAAAGGAAAGGGAGAGAGACAGGGAACGAGACCGCUUUAAAGAUCGCGAUCGUGGACGACCCAACAGCCAUCGUGAUUAUCGAGACCGUGACAGAGAAAGAGAUCGGGAAAUGGAACGACGACGUGAACGAGAACGAGAAAGAAUUAGACAUGAGGAUGAUGAUGACGAAUAUGAUAGCGAGCUGGAAGAUUUCAUCGAUGAUAGUGGUAUGGAUAUGGAUGAGCUCAGUCGUCAGGAG